CGACGACGACGACGACUAAUAGCAGUGGUGUGACGGAAGUCGCUCAGAGAGAAUGACGUCGACACACUUGGCGCAGUCGCCGCUAUUGCGCAUCCCGCACAAGGCGACGGAAGAGGUCGACCUAGCCUCUGUGGUGAGCCAGCUCAUAAAGAACUCGUAUGGCGAGGAUCCACGAAACUACGCAGAGCAGCUGGGCGCGCUCAAUCGGGCCCGGCAGGAUGCCGUUCAGGGCGCCGGAAGCGAUCUGACAGCAAGAGACCUUCUCUACAAGUGGUUCCACAUGCUGGAGAUGCUCGAGCUGCGCUUUCCCGAGCUCAGGGUUCCCUUCCCUUGGAAGGACGCCUUCACGGAGAAGCCCAUCUCGCAGCACUCGCUGGCGUAUGAAAAGGCCAGCAUCAUCUUCUGCAUGGCAGCUGUGCUCUCUUCGCUUGGCGCGAGAACCAAUCGACUAGGCGCCGCUGCCUCAUCGCCAGGCCCAGCGGGCACGCCAGCCAGCCCAACGGCGGCACACUCUUCAAGCGCAAAGAGUGGUGCUGGCAGCGCAGCAACUGCUGCAGCAGCAGCGGUAGCCACGUCGCCCUUGGGAGGCACAAAGCUCGCCUACCAGUCGUUGCGCCAGUCGGCAGGCAUGCUCUCGUACAUCAACGAAAACUUCCUUCAUGCGCCUUCGACUGACUUGUCAAAGGACGUGGUCAAGUGGCUUGUCGACGUCGAGCUGGCCCAGGCCACCGAGGUUUUUUGGGAAAAGACGCUCGAGGAGAAGAAGGGAGGCAGCCUGGUCGCGCGCUUGGCCUGUCAAGCAAGCAUCUUGUACGGGAACUUGGCCGAAGAGGCAAAAGAGUGGAUCACCAAGGCAGUCUUUGAGCGCAGCUGGGGGCUCCUCGUCCAGACCAAAGCAAAAUACUUCGCUUCACUGGCCCAGUACCAUCGUGCGACUGUCGACUCUGGUGCAAGUGCUCAUGGUGUGGCCCUCGUCAGAUUGACGCUGUCGGAAUCCCUAGCAAAAGAGGCGCAGAAGCUCUGCAUUUCCUUUUCCGUCUCGAUUACGGGCUCCCACUCGACGUUGCCUGCCGAUGCAGGCACGUCGCUCAAGUCUCUCAUCGAUGCCCAUUUGGCCCAGGCGACGGCCAAGAAGCAGACAGCGAUCAAGGACAACGACCUCAUCUACCACGACAUCUUGCCCACCGAGAGCACCUUGGCCCCUAUCGAGCCACUGCCGGCUGCGACGCCCAUCAGCAUUCAGGAGGUGUACAGCAGCGCAGAUAUCCAGAAGCUGAUCGGUGCUACGACGGGGGCUGCACCGGCGAAUGACCUCUUCAGCAACCUUGUCCCGCUAGGCGUCCACGAAGCGGCGAGCAUGUACAGCGAGGAAAAGGCAAAGCUCGUUCGUAGCGAAGGCGAAAAGGCGACGCUGGCCGACGGGCAGCUGACGGCCGCGCUGGAGUACAUGGGACUUCCACAAUCACUCAACAAGUUUCGACAGCAAGGCGGUGCUGGCGAUAGUGGCUUUGACGAUCUCAUUGACCCAGGCAAGGAGGUGCGCGAGUGGUCCGAAGAGGAAAUUGCCGGUGGAGGCUCCCUCGGCAUGGACGGCCUCGGCUCAGGCAGUAGUGCCGUCGAUGAUGCGCUGCAGAGCCUCUCUGUUCGGAGAGAGAAGGCCAGGGCAGACAUGCAAGAAGCGUCGCGGCUCCUCGACGAUGAAGCGGCGCAGUGUGAGAAGCUUCGAGUUCGCUUUGGGGAUAAGUGGACCCAAGCGCCAAGUGGAUCGGCGACACGGGCGUUGCGGAGCGACAUCAAGAGUAACCGAGAAGCACUGGACCAGGCCGUAGGAAACGACGAGGCUAUUGCCAGGCUGUGGAAAGAGGAAGGGGCCAUGAUCAGGGUGCUUCUGAGCGGUAAUGAGGGGCUUGAGGCAGCAUUUAUCGAGGCCGUCAGCGGCAGCGGCAACAGCGGAGCUCGAAACGGGUCGCAGCCACAGCUGCUUGAUCUGACAGAGAGUGAGGAGACUGCUGACGAAGAGGAAAAGCGACGGGUGGAGUCGCUCGUCUCGUCCAUCGAGUCGAAUCUGUCGGCUCUUCACCGCGUCAAGCGAGAACGGAGCGACAGUCUUUCGGAACUGAGGAACCGGAUCCAGUCUGACGACAUUUCCCACCUUCUCAUCCUCAAUCGUCGGUCACCUCCCGAAGCGCAGACGCAGCUUUUCCAACAGGAGCUCGACAAGUUCCGCACUCUUACACAGCGCAGCGCUCGGAGUGUGACCGAGCAAGAGCGACUCGUCGGGGAAGUGACAAAGGCCUGGAAGAAGCUCACAUCGACGAACUUGGGCAAAACUCUUUCGACGCAGUACGAAGCCAAGCGAAGUGCUCGUCAAUCUCUCAUUGCAAGGCUAAGGAGGGCCAAAGAUGCUCACGCCCAAGUGAGAGCAGGAUUGGGCAAGGCCUUGGCGUUCUACGGUCAGCUCGAAGAGAUUGGCACGGAGCUGAAGCGGAAUGCGAAGAGUUUCUCGGAAGAGAGGCGAGCAGAGAGGGAACGCCUCAAGCAGGAGGUCGAAUGGGAGGAAAGGGGCACUGAUGGUAGCAGCGGUCUCGAGAGCAGUCUUGGCGGACUCAACCUUGGUCGAGACACUUCUCAGUCUUGGCGCUCAGCCGGGCCCCCGCAAGCACCGCCUCCUCAGCAGCAACAGCAGCAAGCUUAUCAGCAGCGUUACGCACCGCCGCCGCAGCAACAGCCUCAGUACCAACAGACUUCGCAGUAUCAGUCGCCGGUCACGCCAACCUCACCGUAUGAUAACCUCGACUUCGCGUUUGGAAGAGGGUCAGGUGCCUCGGCUGCUGCUGCUGCACCACCACCACCAUCGUCGAGACAGGCUUCGUACGCGUCACCCCCGCCACCAUCGCAUCCGUCAUAUACUUCUCCUCCGCCGCCACCUCAACGCUCUGCUUACGCCUCCCCACCGCCUCCCUCGACUCACUCCAUGUAUGGCUCCGCGCCUCCGCCAUCCUCUUCCCCAUAUGGCUCCGCGCCACCACCCCCGCAUUCGAUCUACGGUUCGCCGCCGCCGCCGCCAACGCAGCCUUCUUCCUCUUCUUACAUGCCACCGCCGCCACCACCUCCGCAACAGCAGUCGUCCAUUGGCCUGCCUCCCCCGCCUCCGCAGUGGAGCAGCCAGGUCGCCUACGGAGCGGCACCACCACCGCAGUCUUCCCAGCAGCAGUACUCCCGCCAAAUGUCAUUGGGACCUCCACCGCCGCCUCUGCCUGGACAAUCCUCCUAUCCUCAACACGGAUCACAACCGGCGCCCCCUCCCCUGCCUAACCAAUACCAGACAUACCAGCAGCCUCAAACGCAGUCACCUUAUGGGGCUUAUCCCCAGCAGCAGCAACAACAACAGCCGCAGCAGGGAUGGCAGCAGCAGCAACAGUAUCCUCCAUAUCGAUGAGAUGGAACAUGGCAAUGCAUAAUUGUGUGGAAGCGAGGUAUACUGCUGCAUGUGCUGUUACAGAGAGGAAAAGGAAAGGCCCUGGAGCUGAGCGAUGAGGUCUUCGACGGCUGAGCGGCUCGCAGCGAGGUUGCCGGCCUCGGCCUUUGCGAACGCGAUCCAAUCGUCAAUGAUGAGGUCGUCUGGUUGAGUGAAGAGCAUAUGGAUCAGUCUCUCCCUCUGUGUGAAAACGCAAAGCAUGCAAAGAAAGAAGGGGGGGAAGAGGGGCGUAUUUGACUCACCGAGAUACUGAAAUCUUCGAAUCUCGUCCCAAACGGCGACUCUGAUCCGGUCGUUCCGCUUCUUGAGCUUCUCAACUAGGGCCUGAUCCUUUACGAUUUCCCCC